AGCGGCAUCUUCAUAGAUCAGGUCUGGGUGGAGCACGUCGGACUCCUCAUUGUAAAAUUAGAUGUAUCUAUUCCCGUCUAUAACAUUGACAGUAUGCUUAACGCAGGUGGCUACAUUACACACAAAUGUUCUUUUGUUGUUGUUGAGUAUCAAGGACACAGGGAACGAGUCACCACUGAAGCUACCCAACUAGGGGAGAUUAAUUUAAUUGUAGGUUGGACCUGGCUAUUGAAACACGAUCCUGAGAUCAACUGGCAGACAGAGGUUGUCACAUUGUCA